AUGAACAGGGCCAAUUUCCACACAAUCGACAGCAUCACCCACUUGUGGGAGACUCUCAACCUCCCGAGGGGAGCUCUUAAAUCCGUCAAUAUCCCAGACGCCGAUACCAUAUGUCUCCCGUCGUCGUUCAAGAUCGGUCAUCUAGCACAAGCUUCGAUAACUCUGACAGCUCUACUCGCAGCUCUGGUACACGCCCAGCGCGAAAACCUAACUUUCAUGCCGCAGGUCACGGUACCUGUCCGCCAUGCCGUCCUGGAAUUCAAGUCCGAGCGGCUCCUUACCAUUAACGGCAAGCCUACGCCCUCAGCAUGGGGCCCGAUAGGCGGUCUGCACAGGACUUCGGACGGAUAUGUACGCGUUCAUGACUCAUUCCCGAAUCACCGCGCCGCAACCAAGAAGAUGCUUGGCCUCGCUGAAGACGCGGACCGAGAAGCUGUGGGUCGCGCGAUCGCGAGCUGGAAAUCUAUUGAUCUUGAAGAUGCAGCUGUCGAUGCUGGCGCUGUGGUUGCCGCCUUGAGGAGCUUCGCGCAGUGGGAUGACUUGCCUCACGCGAAAGCCGUGGCAGACUUUCCCAUUCAAAUCACCAAGAUUGCUGAUUCACCGGCUGGGAUCCCUGGACACCUUGCCGCCGCUGGUGGUACGGAGCGGUGUCUCCACGGUCUGCGGGUUCUGGAGCUUAGUCGCGUUAUCGCUGCACCAGUGGCCGGGAGGACGUUGGCCGCCCACGGCGCGGAUGUGCUCUGGAUUACGAGCCCGAAUCUGCCUGAUCUACCGAGCAUUGAUCGGGACACGGGCAGAGGUAAGAGGACUGCACAGCUGGAUCUAAACCGACCAGAGGAUCUGGAGAAACUGUUAGAGCUCAUCGACCACGCGGAUGUCUUCCUUCAGGGAUAUCGUCCGGAAAGUCUAGCAGCGAGGGGUCUCUCGCCUGCGCAACUCGCCGCGGGACGAAGUCAGGAUGGUAAGAAGGGUAUAAUCUGCGCGAAUCUCUGCGCUUAUGGUCCCACCGGCCCGUGGAAGCAACGGCGAGGCUUCGACUCCCUGGUGCAGACAUGUUCGGGAAUGAAUGUCUCUGAAGCCGAGCACUUCGGCCAGACCGAUCCUCCUGCCAAGCCAAUGCCUUGUCAAGCACUCGAUCAUGCGAGCGGGUACUUUCUCGCAGCCGGGAUAUUAGCUGCUUUGUAUCGACAGAUCAGGGAAGGUGGGUCAUGGCAAGUCGACGUCAGUCUAGCUGGAACGAUGAAGUAUAUCAGGAGCUUGGGCCAGUAUGAAGCCUCAUCGGAGUUCCGGUGGGAUGCUGACUCCACGGAGGGCGUGCCUGAGGAGUACCUCGAGUCCAGAAUGUCUGACUUUGGGACACUGAAGGCUGUCAGACAUGCUGCCACCAUCGAGGGUAUUAACGUGGGGUGGGAUAUCAUGCCCAGACCAUUAGGCUCAGACGAGCCCAGCUGGCUGUGA